CAAGUAACUAUAUAAAUUACCUCGGCUACUGUAUUCAGAUGUACAAUACCCCAGCGACAUGGAUAGCGGCUCACGAACAGUGUCAGAAAGAUGGCGGACUUCUUUUCCACUUCUCAACAGAAGCCCGACUCAACUAUUUUAAGAGUAUAAUGAACGCUUUUAAUGUAUACCACAUUGGCGGGUACAAACAAAACGGUAACUGGAUUUGGACCACCGGUGCUCUCAUGUCCACGGGUUUUACCAAUAUGGUGGCGACAGUCAGUCCGGGCCUCUGUCUGACGGUGAACGGGUCCGGAACGUGGCAAUGGGAUGCUGUGGACUGUGACGUAGACUUACACAAGUUCCUUUGUGAAAUUAGCGUCUUUAGCACGUAACCAAGUCUUAAUAAUGUUUAGUAUAAACGACUUCAAAAGUGAAUUAUAGUCAAAAGAUAUAUUGUACUGUUUUCCAAUCACAGACAGACGAAUUAAGCACACUGUUUUUAAAAAACCUAGACUAAAAUCAUAAAAAAUUUUAUUAAACAUAAAAACUUCGUGUCAAUUGAUCCAGACCUCCAUUGUCUGCAUCUGGACGAUGCAUCGACUGUGGAGCGGAAGCGCAACGGACAAUUUGAUUGGUCGACAACUCUGUAAACAAUAUACAUGUACUAACUAUGUGUCGACCAAUAAACCAAUAAGACUGACCGUUUUAAGAUAGUUCUAGGACAGAUAGGCUACUUCCGUUCCACAUUCGUUUCAUCGUCCUAUCUUAAAGACUCAUUCAUAUAAAAUAAUAUAAUGUCUUUAACAAUUGUAGUAAAAUCAACAAGUGUUUUCAAUUGUACAAAGAUAGUUUUAAUAUAUAUAUAUAUUGUUAUAUGCUGUU